AUGCAAGAAAAAGUAUUGAAAUCAAUUUUAUUAUUUUUUGAAGACCGUUCAGCAUUAUCCUAUGAUGAUAUUUUCGGUUCUGUGCUACAAGAAAUAGGUGAAAACAUGAUACGAAGUGUUGAAAGUAUCGUUGGUUUGUGCAUUUUACCUUGUUUUCAAAUAAUAAAAGAUGACAACUCUUCAUUAAUACAACUUAAAUCAAAUUUUAGAAAUUAUGAAAGUCUUCGUGGUGUUUAUGAUUCAAAAAUUAUUCAAAUAGCUAUGAUAUCUGGUUUUUAUACAACACCUGAACAAUGGUCAUUAUUAUUAUAUGGCGAUACACGACAUGAAUUAUUGAUGCAAUUAAUUAUAGAUAAAUUAUCAAGACCAAAUUCAUUUCCUAAACUAAUGGAAGAACUUGGAAAGGUUUUACGACGUGAUGGAUAUUCAACUAAAAAUUUAUUAUCUUUAGAAACAGAUUUUACACAUUUAUCAAAAAUUGAUACAGGAAAUCAUGAUAAACAAUAUAUGUCGAAUGAUAAAGAAGAAUUUGAUUGCAAUUGUGUGACCAUUAGAGUAACAUUAUCGUUGAUUAAACGAGUUUUAACAUGUUUAAUUAACUUUAAUAAGCAAAAAAAAGAUAAAAGUGAGUCAUUUUUUCUUUUAAUUUUUGAAUUAAUUUUUCUUUUGUAUCAUUGA